AUGAUCCAGAAAGCUUGGCAAUGGGCCGGAGCUCAUGGUCGCAAACGGAAGAACGAAAUCCAUGGUGAGGAAGAAAUUCAGAUCGUAGUCGAUGAUACUUUCGAUCUCAUGGACACAGAGAUCGAAGAAAAAGAGCGAAGUGGUUCAUUGAUAUGUCAGGAUGAUGAAGGGACCCUGCUGGAUUCCGAGAUCCCCGACAUUCGUGGAGGGGCCUUGGCAGUCUUGCCGGAUCCAAGCGAUGGCAAAAACAAAACGCCAGCAGGUGUGGGGAACACGUCAUCGGUCAUGAGUUUCAAGCUUACGUUCCCAACAGUCACGGCCACGACAACACCGUUGCAAGUGUUGCCACAGUUUGUGGAAGUUUUGGGAAAGAAAGUUGACAAGGUCCAAGCUGAGCUGGACAGAUGCCACGUGAA